AUGUGUCAUGUUUUUCCUAAUGUGGUACAAGGAAACGAGGCAUAUGACCUAAGCAAACUUGUUAUUGCCCUGCUUUUGUCGUUCGUGACUCUGGGAGAAGCAAGGAAGUCAUUUCUCAGUGUUCUGAAUAUAUAAAAGACUGAAAUGCUAUUUUUCAUAAAGACUGAAGAAACUGUCAUUGUAAGAUCAAGUUAUGGAGAAGAUUGGCCAAACUCCAGCUAUCUCUUCUUGCAAUUAGAAGAUCUUAAACUCCUGCAAGUGGUGAAUGUGACAAAAACCUAAUGAAACCUUGCGACAGAUAAAGAUGGAAUGACAAAUUUGACUGUUUAGCUAUGGGAUUCUGAAGGUAGGCAAGACUCAAGAAAUAACUUUAAAGUGCAAAGAAAAGACUGUCUUUUCAAGGUAUCAAUGCAUAUUGAUUCAAAUGUCCAAUGCUUAUUCUACUGAUGUGCAUUUGGUUGCAGUAUUGAAUUGCAGUGAAAGAGACCUUUGCCAAUAAUUCUCGGGGGCUUACACAAUUUUUUUCUUAUGUCAUUUUAUGGAUUUCUUUUGACACAGCUUUUGGCAUCACAGGAGGCACAAAUAGGCUUUGGAUUUAUAAUGACCUGCACAUGCCCAGGAGGUGAGGUCUAUUUCUUUGUUCUGCUUCUAGAAGGAGAUAAUUUGGUCAUUUAGAUAACUUGCACUUUAGUGUUACUGGCCUUGAUACUGAUGUUUGCCAAUUUUUUUUUUUUUUAAGAUUUUUAUUUGACAGAGAAUACAAGCAGGGGGAAGUGGCAGAGGCAGAAAGAGGGGGAGAAGCAGGCUCCCCGCUGAGCAGGGAGCCCAACAUGGGGCUUAAUCCCAGACCCUGAGAUCAUGACUCAAGCCGAAGGCAAGUGCUUAACCGACUGAGCCACUCAGGUGCCCUGAUGUUUGCCAGUUCUUAUAUGUACAGUAGGAUGUUAGGGUUAUCAUUUCAUUUCAUAUUUCAUAUUCCUGUUUCUAAAAUUAUAUAUACCUUUUUAUACUUAUCAUUUGGAAUAGUCAAGUAUAAAAUACCUGAAAAAACAAACUUCUUGGAGAGAAUAAAUAGAACUCUGAGUUUUAAUGUCUGUAGGGAUUUAUUUGACUUUCAGAAUGUUUCUAAAAAUAGUUAACCUAGAGGUGCCUUUAUUGGAUGUCUUAGUUCCUGCUCUGGGUUUGUUGUUUGGGUACUCUUUUGCUAACAUUUCUGUGCUGCCUCUUCCUGUUUGUAAAGUUCCUACCAAAAAUGGGACGCUAGUUUCUUAGCCCUUGCCAUUAUUCAGCUCUUUUUCACAGUCCAAGACCAACUUAGCUUCUGUGGCUCCUUUUACAGUGGUCAUGUGUUUUGGAUGUGAAAUGUUACUGUUCCUUUCUGUUCUACAAGGCUAAGAAAAUAUGUAUCCUUAUCAUAGAAGAUAAAAGGAGAAAGAAAUCCCUAACAAUUAAAGGACUACUGAAUUCCUACUCUGAAUGAGGUACUGUGAGAGAUUCAAAGAAUAUCUAAAAUGAUGCCUGUUUUCAAUAUACUUAUGAUGUAAUUGAAAACCUGACACUAGGGGAGUGACAAACACCCCAUGAGUAGUACAGACAGUUAAAUGUGCAGACAUUCAGAGGAAGGAAACCACUUUUAAACUGUGUUGGUUUGGAACUUUUUUAUAGAGUUGAAUUUGAAUAUGACACUUUAUUAUGGUCUCAUAAACAGGAGAGAGCAAUAAAUAAUCCUUUAGUGACUGUGAUAUAUCCCAAGUAUUUAUGGAAGGGCUCUCCAUGUAAUAGGCAGUCAGUAAAUGCUCACACAGUGAAUGAAUAUGUAAAUUCCUACUUGGAUCUCUCAUUGGCUCGUCAGAAUCAAUGUCUUUUUUUUUUUUUUUUUGGUCUUAAAUGUAGCCUCUGCUCUCAUAACUGUACUUCCUCUUGUCUAGCACAUGUGUCACUAAAGACAUUACCAUUUAUCCUGAAACACAGGGUCUUCCCCCUUUGCUCCUUUCUUCCUUCAUUCUCUCCUUUAUAGUCCAGUUAUUUCCUACAGAAAAUUUCCUAUAAUAGCUUUUCAUCAAUCUCUCAUUUCCAGAAAGUAAUACCACUUUUUUCUGCCCUGUAUUAUUGCUUCCCUAAACCUUUAACUAGCUUUUGUCCCCUCUGUCCACUCUCCAAUCACUGUCAGAUUAAUCUUCCUAAAAUCUAACUUUGAUUAUGUAUCUUCCCUGCUACAAGCUUUUUUGCCUUUUUUUUUUUUUUUAAAGAUUUUAUUUAUUUUUUAGAGAGCGAGCAAGAGAGAAACAGCAUGAGAGGGGAGAGGGUCAGAGGGAGAAGCAGGCUCCCCGCUGAGCCGGGAGCCCGAUGUGGGACUCAAUCCCAGGAUCCCGGGAUCAUGACCUGAAGCGAAGGCAGACGCUUAACCAUCUGAGCCACCCAGGCGCCCUUUUUUGCCUUUUGAAUAAAGUCUGUAUUCCUUA